CUGCAGUGGAGGUACACAUCUCUGUGUGUCUGAAGCAAAUUAAACUGAGCUCACCUCUUCUUUCUCAACAGCGGACACAAAUACAGAGUGCAGACAUGUCUGCUGCCAGCAAUCUGCGAACUGAAGAUCAGUUUCUGUGCUCCAUCUGUCUGGAUGUGUUCACUGAUCCAGUCACCACAACAUGUGGACACAACUUCUGCAAAAACUGCAUCACUCAGCACUGGAAUGUUAAUGUUAGGUACAAGUGUCCCAUGUGUAACAAGGUGUUCAAGAGACGACCUGAACUAGACAUCAACACUUUGUUCUCUGAGAUGGUCGCUCAGUUCAGGCGUGAAGCUCAGAAGAAAGCCAGCAGCAGCAGAUCAAAGCAACAAGCUGCCAAACCAGGAGAAGUUCCCUGUGACGUCUGCACUGGAACCAAACCGAAGGCCCUGAAGUCCUGCCUGGUGUGUCUGACCUCCUACUGUCAGACUCACCUGGAGCCUCAUCUGACAGUGAAAGGUCUAAAAACACAUCAGCUGAUGGAGCCUGUGGAGAACCUGGAAGGCAGGAUGUGUACGAAGCACGAUAAACAUCUGGAGCUGUUCUGUAAGACCGACCAGACAUGUGUCUGCGUGCUCUGCUCUGUUUUAGACCACAAGAACCAUGAGUUUGUUCCUCUGAGAGAAGAAUCUGAAGGAAAGAAGGCAGAGCUGAGGAAGACAGAGGCUGGAAUUCAGCAGAUGAUCCAGAAGAGACGACUGAAGAUUGGGGAGAUCAAAGAGUCAGUGAAGAUGAGCAAAGAUGCUGCAAACAGAGAGAAAGCAGAAGGUGUUCAGGUCUUCACUGCUCUGAUUAAAAAAGGCCUGAAGGAGUUCAUAAAGGAGAUCGAAGACAAACAGGUAACAGCAGAGAAACAGGCUGAAGGCUUCAUCAAAGAUCUGGAACACGAAAUCUCUGAGCUGAUGAAGAGAAGCUUUGAGUUGAAGCAAGUCUCACGCUCUGAAGACCACCUCCACCUCCUCCAAAGCUUCUCAUCCCUGAAAACUGCUCCACCCACCAAGGACUGGACAAAGGUCAUCAUCUCUCCUCCAUCAUAUGAGGGGACUGUGGUGAGAGCUGUGGCUCAGCUGGCGGAUACACUCAGGAAAGAGAAGAAGAAGCUGCUUGAGCCUGAGCUGAAGAAGGUCCAGCAGUAUGCAGUAGAUGUGACUCUUGAUCCUGAUACAGCACAUCCUGAGCUCAUCCUGUCUGAUGAUGGAAAACAAGUGAAUCAUUCUGGUGUUUGGAAGAAUCUUCCAGACAAUCCAAAGAGAUUUACAGUUUUUGCAAAUGUUUUAGGAACUCAGAGUUUCUCUUCAGGCAGAUUUUACUUUGAGGUUCAGGUUAAAGGAAAGACUGACUGGAUUUUAGGAGUGGCCAGAGAGUCGAUCGGCAGGAAGGGAGGAAAUUCAGUGAAGCCUCAGAAUGGAUACUGGACUAUGUGGCUGAGAAACAGAAAUGAGUACACAGCUUGUGCUAACACCGCAGUCGCUCUCUCUCUUCAGUCUGCUCCUGAGAAGGUGGGGGUGUUUGUGGAUUAUGAGGAGGGUCUGGUCUCCUUUUAUGAUGUGGAUGCUGCAGCUCUGAUCUACUCCUUUACUGGCUGCUCCUUCACUCAGAAACUCCACCCAUUCUUCAAUCCCUGUAAUAAUGAUGAUGGUUAUAACGCUGGACCUCUGCUGAUCACUCCUGUCAAUCACACUAACUAG